AUGCUCCUCCACAGUCAGAUCCGCGCAUGUGUGGAGGCUCUUAUGAAACAACUGAACAACGAGCGGACAGUGGGGCGCAACUGGGUCUCUAAAUUCAUCAAUCGCCAUCCGGACAUCAAGAACAAGCGUGGGAGACGUCAGGAAGCUAACCGAUUUAAUGCUUUUACGCCUCGUUUGGAUAGCCUUGUGGUUGGGAAUGCGGGCCCAAAACGGAAGGCCCUUCUGAAAGGGCCACAGUCCCGCAACUGGACCUCAUUUAUUGAAGCUAUCACCGCGGACGGCCGUGUCCUUACCCCUGGCAUUAUCUUUAAGGGCAAAGAACUUCAGAAACAGUGGUUCUUGACGGAAUUCGGCAAAAUAGCCGACUGGCAUUACAUAACGUCGCCCAACGGAUGGACGGACAACCAUAUCGCUAUUGAGUGGCUUGAGAGGUCUAUUUGCCCCAGACGCGACCAGCCGAUGCCUCAGAUGCUAGACUGA